AAGGAAGGCUUCGCUCCGCCACUCGUGCCUCUUCCCACCACCACACUCCCUCGACGCACGGCAUGUCCUCCAUGUCCUUCGCGCCAGCCUCGCACGGCUUCGGCGCGAGCAGCAGCGCCGCCGCCGACGACGCCUCGUCGCUCUCGCUCACGGCGCAGCUGCAGCGCAUCUUUGCCUUUGCCGCCUCGCCGCCUGCGCCGCAGCCUCCCUCCACCUCCGCCUCGAGCAGCAGCAGCAGCAGCAGCGCGGUCGCUGCGCCUCCCGACCCGGCAGUGCAGCUGCUGCGCGCCAUCCAGGACGCACAGCAGCUGGCGGCCAGCCUCGAGCUCAUCUCGCAGAACGACCGCCUCGCGGACCUCAGCACCAACACGCUGCGCCCGCUGCUGCUGCCCGCCGUGCUGGGCGAGGUGCUGACGCGCGUACGCACGCCCGUCGGCGAGCAUGCCGGCCGCAUGGAGCUGCUGCGCAGGAGCCGGGACGCAUGGCGACUGUACCUCCUCUCGCUGCUGCAGCUCGGCGUGCUGCCGGCACCGUCAGCCACGUCCGUCGGGCUCGGGCUGCUCACGUCGCAGACCCGCGCGCAUCUCUCCACCUCGGGCCCUCCCAAGCUCGACGCCGCCAACCGGCGCGCCCUCAAGAUUGCGCUGCUGCAGCUCGAGCGCGGCAUCACGCGCGCCCUCGAUGCGCACCGCGAGGCGGCGCGAGACAAGGCGCGUGCGAAGAUGGGCGGCGGGCUCAAGGCGCAGAGGGAAGGGGUGGAGCGCGGUGCGAGCGCGGCGCUCGAGGCGCCAGAGGAGGCGCAGUGGGAUCUGCUCGUGCUGCCGCGCGUGGCGCGCGGCAUGGUCAACAGCGGCGGCGGCGACGGCGAGUCCGACGAGUCGUCCGACGAGGAGCAGGAGGACGCGCCCGGCGGGCUGCCUUCCGCAGGAGGGCCCGAGGCUGUGGCAGUGCCGCGCACGACGCGCGGCUACGUGCUGCUGCUGCUUGCGCUGCACGCCUCCAAGGCCCUCGCCGCGCUCGACAGCAUCGGCGCAGAGCUGGAGCUGCUGCAGAGCAUGCCUGCCGCCACGGCCGCCGGGCGCGCCGAGGGCAGUCGGGAGCGCGGGCGCGACGGCGCAGACGCGCAGGCCUGGCGCCUCGAUCGGCGCCUGGACGCGUCGGCGCCCGGCGCGCUGCUCGAUGCCAAGGGCAAGGUCUUGCGGCCCUUCCAGAUCACUGGCGCCUCCGCCUCGAGCGGCGCGUCGCCCAAUCCGAUGGGCACGCUGGCCGACGACGGCAUGAACAAGCGCGAGGAGCUGCGCAGGCAGGUCUUCCAGCCGGGCCAUCGACUGCCGACAAUGUCGAUCGACGAGUUUCUCGACGAGGAGGAGCGCCGAGGCAACAUCAUCACUGGCGGCGGGCCGGAAGGCGCGGCGCGCGCCACACCGCGCGAAGCCAGAGCACUGCGCAUGGAGAACGACGGCACGCGCGAGGCCGACGAGGCAGAGGAAGAGGCGCGCCAGGAGGCGAUGCAGUGGGACACGUUCAAGGAGCACAACCGCAGGGGCGAGGGCAACACGAUGAACCGCGGCUAGCGGAGACGAAGAGCAAAGGGGGGCCGCGCGACAGCCAAUGCCAUGACGCUGCCGCCCGGGAGAUCGUGGUGAAGCAGGGGUAUGACAAUUUGCGACGUUGCUCCUCUUCUCACUGCGUGCCCAUCUUCGUCCCUCUCGCUCCGCUCUCCUCCAUCCUGCGGCGCUUCUUCUGCGCCCUCUGCUCCCCUCGCUCGCGCUUGCGCGCCAUCAGGUCCGUCGGCGCCGACGCCCUGAGCAUCUUGACGCGCGGCGGCAGCGUCAGCGGCCGCCGCUUGUCCUCGUCGUUCGCCUUGCGCGCGCUCGGUGCGCCAUCGGCAUUCGCCGCGAUGCUACGCCGCGCCGCCUCCUCGA